AUGUCAGUCUCUAUUCCAAACUAUCUUUUACACUUUGACCAGUUCUGUUUUGCUGUUUUCGUUGUUCGUUAUGAUAAACUACAUCUGGUUGAAUUUUCUUUUCUUUUUUGUUUUCUUUUCUCUUUUUGUUCUCUUUUCUCUUUUUCUCCUCCUUUUCUUCUCUUUUCUCCUCCUUUUCUUCUCUUUUCUCUUUUUCUCCUCCUUUUCUUCUCUUUUCUCUCUUUCUCCUCCUUUUCUUCUCUUUUUUUCUCCUUUUCUUCUCUUUUCUCUUUUUCUCCUCCUUUUCUUCUCUUUUCUCUUUUUCUCCUCCUUUUCUUCUCUUUUCUCUUUUUCUCCUCCUUUUCUUCUCUUUUCUCUUUUUCUCCUCCUUUUCUUCUCUUUUCUCUUUUUCUCCUCCUUUUCUUCUCUUUUCUCUUUUUCUUCUCUUUUCUUCUCUUUUCUUCUCUUUUCUCUUUUUCUCCUCCUUUUUUUCUCUUUUUCUCCUCCUUUUCUUCUCUUUUUCAUCUCCUUUUCUUCUCUUUUUCAUCUCCUUUUCUUCUCUUUUUCAUCUCCUUUUCUUCUCUUUUUCAUCUCCUUUUCUUCUUCUUUUUUCCUUUUCUUCUUUUUUCAUCUCCUUUUCUUCUCUUUUCAUCUCCUUUUCUUCUCUUUUCAUCUUUUUCUUCUCUUUUUUCAUCUCCUUUUCUUCUCUUUUUUUCAUUCCUUUUUCUUCUCUUUUUCAUCUCCUUUUCUUCUCUUUUUCAUCUCCUUUUCUUCUCUUUUUCAUCUCCUUUUCUUCUCUUUUUCAUCUCCUUUUCUUCUCUUUUUCAUCUCCUUUUCUUCUCUUUUUCAUCUCCUUUUCUUCUCUUUUUCAUCUCUUUUUGUACAAGUUUUCUUGUGGGAAGAGAUUUUCUUUUGAAAUUUUCUUCUUUUUUUUUUUUUUUUUUUUUAUUUUCAUUUAUUUCUGUCUUUUUUUCACUUCCUUUCCUUUCCGUCACUCCUUUCUUCCUUUCCGUCGCUCCAUUCUUCCUUUCCCUUCCUUUCCGUCGCUCCUUCCUUCCUUUCAUUUUCCCUUCCGUCGCUCCUUCCUUCCUUUCAUUUUCCCUUCCGUCGCUCCUUCCUUCCUUUCAUUUUCCCUUCCGUCGCUCCUUCCUUCCUUUCAUUUUCCCUUCUGUCGCUCCUUCCUUCCUUUCAUUUUCCCUUCCUCCCACUCUCCCUCCCUCUCUCUCCCACCCUCAUGGUCUCCCUCCCUCUCUCUCCCCACCCUCAUGGUCUCCCUCCCUCUCUCCCCACCCUCAUGGUCUCCCUCCUCUCUCUCCCACCCUCAUGGUCUCCCUCCCUCUCUCUCCCACCCUCAUGGUCUCCCUCCCUCUCUCUCCCCACCCUCAUGGUAUACCCUCCCUCUCUCUCCCACCCUCAUGGUCUCCCCUCCCUCUCUCUCCCCCCCUCAUGGUCUCCCUCCCUCUCUCCCCCACCCUCAUGGUAUACCCCUCCCUCUCUCUCCCACCCUCAUGGUAUACCCUCCCUCUCUCUCCCACCCUCAUGGUCUCCCCUCCCUCUCUCUCCCACCCUCAUGGUCUCCCUCCCUCUCUCUCUCCCACCCCUCAUGGAGGCGAUUCCGAAUAUUUUGUUGAUAACAUCCUUGAUUUCCACAUUCGCGAGUCUGUCUUUGAUCUUGUACUCAUCACUGGUAUCAAGAUGGUCUUUCUUACAAUUGUCUACUCCUACAUGGAAUUAAUCUCUUUCCGGCAAAUUGACAAACCAUAUGACAUGAUACUUGCAAAAAGGAAGUGUAUCUGUCAUAUAGUGACAGUCAGUAUCAGUAUCCUCUGCUUUGCCUAUGCCGUGGCAAAAGGAGGUACCAUAUUAUAUGCCAUUAUAAACCUGGGCAAUGCCUACACGCACAUGCAUGUGGAAUACAAUGCACUUGUCAUCUGCUCAUUGGUGUUUGGUUUCCUGGAGUGCCUUCUAUCUGCAUAUAGCUUCCAUGCUAUGAAGAAACUUCAUCUGUUGCGCAUUUUACAUAGAUUCAAUGACUCGGGGCAAGAGGUGGAUGAUGAAGGGAAACCAUUGAAAAAGAAAGCAAACCUGAAGCGAGUUUUACUGCUUGCUCGACCGGAAGCUGGGAUGAUCUCUUUUGCCUUACUGGCACUCGUUUUCUCGAGCGUUACAGAGAUGCUGGCCCCACUAUUCUUUGGCAAAGUGGUCGAUGCUGCUAUGAAGUCAAUGAGUGAAUUGAACAAGACUGUGCUCAGUCUCCUCGGUAUUUACCUGGGAGGCUCCUUGGCAUCCAUGGUACGUUCUUGGAUAUUCAGUCUGACUGGACAGAGGGUUGUUGCCCGUUUACGAUCCCAGCUUUUUGCAAAUAUUAUGAAACAAGAAAUUAGUUUCUUUGAUGUGACCAGGACUGGGGAACUGACUAACCGACUAUCCUCAGAUACUCAGGUUCUGCAGAAUGCCAUUACGGUAAACUUGUCUGUAUUGCUGCAGUAUCUACUCCAAAUCACUGGUUCUUUGGCGGUGAUGUUUGUCCUUAACCCUGCUCUUACAGGUGUCCUCUUGGGUGUUGUCCCACUUGUAUCUCUUGGAGCUGUUCAGUAUGCCUUUCUACUUUACACUCUUCAGGUGGCCAUGGCAUUUGCAUUUCUUUCAUCACUUUAUGGAGAAUUUAUGCAGGCUGUGGGAUCAUCAGUGAGAAUCUUUGAAUUAUUGGACAGAGAGCCAGCCAUCAGUAUGGAAACUGGGGUCUGCCCAAGCAAAAUUGAAGGCUGUGGCUUUGACAUCAAAACUCUGAAUCCUUCUUGGUUCCGGAAACAGAUUGCUCUUGUGGGACAAGAACCAGUCUUAUUUGGCUGUUCAAUCAAAGACAACAUAACAUAUGGACGAGAUUCUACUUUGGAAGAAGCAACAAGUGCCUUGGAUGCUGAGAGUGAACAUUUGGUACAAGAAGCAAUUGACAGGGCUCUUGUUGGAAGGACAGUGAUUGUUAUUGCACAAGAAACUUUCAAUUAA